AUGAUUUCACCAUCAAAUUCAACAAAUUCUCGACAAACUUUUAUAAUUGUUGAGUCGGAAAAAGAGGAUAUUAGCAAACGAUUAUCUCAAUCUACAAUGCCACAUGAAAAUAUUAUAAACGACUCAAAUUUAAACUCAGAAGUUAUGCCUACAUUGCCAUCGCAACUCGUUCAAAAUUUUAUUCAAUUUAUGAACAACUCAAAUUCGGUCAUUGAAACUAUAACAACGGAGAUAGUGGAAGAAUUAGUGACAAUCACAUGGUCUCAACCUUGA